AUGGGUACUACUUGGUGGCAAGUUGGUUUUAAUCAAGAAAAUAUUUAUGAUCGUUUCUCUGCACAUUUCUUUUCCGUUGCUUUUCUCGCUUUUAUGAGUGUUGCCGGUAUACCUGGUUUCUUGGAAGAACGAUUAGUAUUUACACGUGAACGUGGAAAUAAUUUUUAUUCUGUUGGUCCUUAUGUAUUGGCAAAUACAAUAAUCUCUAUUCCAUUUGUAAUGAUAAUUGCUGCUUCAUUUACUGUUGUAGCUUACCCAAUGAUUGGUUUACAUAACAAUUUUAGUAAUGCUCUUCUCUUUUGUUUCUAUCUUUUCCUUGCUCUUAUUGUGGCUGAAUCAAUGGUCGUUUUUAUUUCGGCUAUUAUUCCUAUUUUCGUUGCCGCACUUACACUAGUUGCUUUCGCUAAUGGAUUCUUCAUGGUUGUAGAAGGUUACUUUGUACGACGUAGUAAAAUUCCAAAAGCAUGGAAAUGGGCUCAUUACAUUGACUAUCAAAAAUGGGCUUUUGAAGGGAUUAUUCAAAAUGAUUUUAUUGGUUUGACGUUUAAUUGUGAUCAAAACCCUUAUGAUCCCGUAAAAUAUUUUUGUAUGUAUGGUGAUAAAUCAGGUAACAGUUCAACUUUUACUGGUAAAGAUAUCUUGGAUGACUUUGGUUAUACUGAAAUCAACCUUCAAAAGUGGGCG